UAACAGAACAGAACACUAGUAGGCUAGUGAUUUAAACCCAUUGACCUCAGUCCUACAAACAGAACGCUCAAGGGGCGGGCUUUGAAAUCCAAAACAAUUUACAAUCUCACCUCUGCAAUCCUAUAGAUUAGAGGUAUAAACGCGAUCUCCAAAAGCAAUUCAUUUGAUGACGACAGGUAAACGAUUUAGGAUGAACAUUCAAGUGGAUAAAUGGACAGAAUUUUAAUUAGUUAUUUUUCUGUCUUCAGCAGAGCCUACUAUUUUUUCCCUCAGUCGUACCCGCCCCCUUUCCAUGUUGCGCACUUUCCCCAGUCGUACCCAUAUUCGCACCCUUUGCUACGACUUCGAUGCAAAGGAUUUUUAGUUUGCUUAUGAAGACACCUGCAGUAUUCCUUUGCACUCAUCGGAACCUAGACUUAAGUCUUGCUGCGCAUGUUUGCCUCGUGUCUGGUGGUUUGCCCGUUCUUUCAAUGGUCGUGGCAAGGGCUACUGACACUUGGCACUUGGUCGUUUCACCUCACCUUGUUAGUGUGGUCCUGGAGCCAGUAGUUGAUGAGAGCGGGCCACAGCCAGUGGCAGUGCAGAGUGGCCAGAUGAGAUGAGCAGCCCUGUGCAGCUAGACACGUCCUCACUCCUCACCUGAGUACUGCGCCAGGGGAGCAGAGGAAGAGAGAGGCUGGCUGCCCUAUGGGGACCACAGCUGAUGACCAUCACUACUGCUCCUCAAGGCCAUGCCUCAUGUGUGCUCCUGACCCAGUACUCAGUGUGCCUUGGAGGACAAGUUCCUGUUCUGCUGCUGCAGCCCCAGUUAAUUCGCCCCAGGCUCCCAGCUAUAGGCUAAAACUACAGCAACAGUACAGCACUCGGACACUUCAUGACUGCAGCUGUUUCUGCCUUGACCCACAAACUGGCCCUGCACACGUCCCCUGCUGUACCUGCGCCCUGUGCCAUCUCAUUGACCAAAGCAGGAUGACUGGCUUUGUCAAGAGCCCCUCCAUUCAACCAAGGCCAAGGCAGAUGGACUGCUGGGAUGCCUUGAACCUAUGGUCCCCAUAAUCCGGUACUGCCAUGUGCUGUGACAUGAGAGGCAUAUGACAGUGGACGUGGUCUGGGCCCCUGCGCUAGAGGCCCGGUGGCACCCCAGCCUGUCUGGAACGGAGGCCCUCAUGCAGGUGCUGUGGUGAGUCUGAUUGACAGGGCUGGAGACAACAGGCUAUCAAUACACAGGGCUUUGCCACAACAACCAAAUUAGCUGUGCAGAAAAUGGAGCAAAGUGUUGGAAGUUACCAGAAAUCCUCCCCGAGCCUCAUGAGCUGCCCUUGGUGGGUGCCUCUCUCCUCUCCUCUCCUCUCCUCUCCUUUCCUCUCUCCUCUCUACUUUCCUCUCUCCUCCUCUCAUCUCUCCUUUAUUAUCCUCUUCUCUCUCCUCUCUCCUCUCUCCUCAGCUCUCCUUUCCUCUCGUCUCCUUCCUAUCUAUCUCCUCUCAUCUCCUUCCACUCUCCUCUAUUCUCCUCUCGUCCUUCCUUCUUCCCCUCUCUUCUCCUCUCUUCUCCUCUCCUCUCCUCUGCUCUCCUCUCCUCCUCUUUUCCUCCUCUCCUCUCCUCCUCUCCGCAGAGCAGAAGCCUGUAAGGGAGUAUGCGAAGGCCCCAGCGCAGCGUGCGAGGCUCCUGCAGCGGGCGGGAGAGGGCACUCCAGCUGUGAGUAUGAGCCUGUUCUCUUUAAACCCAUUCACCUCGCCUUCUCUUUUUUUUCUUCCCUCUCGCUCUCGCGCUCCCCCCUCCCUCCCUCGCUCUCGCUCUCUCUCUCUCUCUCUCUCUCGGUCUCGCGCUCGAGCUUGCUCACUCGGCUCUGGCCUCCUCCUCCUCCCGUAACUGUCUCGUUUUUAAAAUCGGCUACUGGCUUUGUAUUCUGCUCUCUCCUCUCUCUCUUUCUCUGUCUUUUUUCUCUCUCUCGCUCUCCCUAUUUCUCUCUCUCUCUCUCGCUCUCUCUCUCUCUCGCUCUGUUUUUUUCCCCCUGCAUAUCUCUGGCACUGUAUUUUCUCGUCGUUUUGUGUUUCUGUUUAGCCUGUCGUCAUUUCAUCAUGCUCGCUCUCUUGUCUGUCACAUGUCAGAGUUUUUUUUUUUUUGCUUUGGUAAUUUUCCAAUCCUUUGCCAUCCUUUGUCAUUUUACAGUAAAGGUGAGAGAUUGUAAUAUAUUUAACUUCACGAGCCUUUGUUUAGAAUUGAAAUAGGUACAUUUCUUCUAAGCCACGCUUGGUUACAGGGGGACGCUGAUGUAGGUUUGUACGCGGUGUGGAAUUGAGCGGGACAUUGUGUGUGUGUGCGUGUGUGUGUGUGUGUGUGUGUGUGUGUGUGUGUGUGUGUGUGUGUGUGUGUGUGUGUGUGUGUGGUGUGUGUGUGUGUGUGUGUGUGUGUGUGUGUGUGUGUGUGCGUGUGUGUGUGUGUGAGCUUGUGUGCGUGAGCGGAGGCCGGCAAAGGGGCCCUAGCGGUAUUGGUGUGUGUGUGUGUGUGUGUGUGUGUGUGUGUGUGUGUGUGUGUGUGUGUGUGUGUGUGUGUGUGUGGAGGGGGGGGGGUGCUGAGUCAUGCCUAGCAGUCGUAGCUCCUCAGAGUAAGGCGGACACUCCCCCGCGUCACACACACACACUCUCGCGCACUCACACACACACACACACACACACACACACACACACUCUCCUCCCCUCCCUCCAUCCUGGUGGCGAACCCUGUUGAACCCGUGGCGGGCUUUGAGGGAGGGGUGCUGGACAGGCAGGGAACAGGGGAGGGUGCAGAGGCGAGGAAAGGAGAAGAGAGUAGGAGGAGGAGGAGGAGAGGGAGAGGGGGGAGGGAGGAGGAGGGAGGGUGGUCCACUCUCCACUCUACUCUGACAGUCUAUCAAAUCUCUGUCUGGAACAAAGAAAUCCCAACUACACCUCUCUCAGAGCAACAGCUCCCAUUCAUUAGCAUUUAGGCAUGUUCUUAAAUCCAAAUUACAUUGCGGCUCUUUUUUAAAAAUCAUUAUUAUUUCUUACUUAGGUAUUAUUACUAUUUUUUUUGCCAGUAUUUUGCUAUGCCAUUUUUUCUUUUUUUUACAUUUUGUUUAGAACGUCAGAGUUGAAAGAAGGGGGCAGAGGGAGGGAGGGGGGAAAAAAGCGUAACUGAGACUUGAAGUUGCACAACAAGAGAUUGCGACUCGUUCUGGAACAAUGUUCCCCUUUUUUUCUUGUAACUUGAACCUUCUGCCGUUCCAUGCGCGAACGAAGCGAAGCGGAGGCAUUCCGAGCGAGCGCCUAGCGCACCACGAGGGGGAAGCUAUCAAGAGAGGACCCCGCUGCUGUUGCUGCCAGGCAGGGUUGGGAGACUUCGAGAUGGAGGGACCCUCCAAUCCUUUACGGUCAACUUUAGUCUUUUUAACGCGGCUCUUUUCACGCCAAGUCAACUCGAGCGAGGCGGCUUUACUGUGUCAGCUUCUUCGUAUGCCACAGGUCAUGCAAGGAAAUUGAAAUUGACAUUUUCAUCAUCUUCUGGACAUGUUCUCUUCAUCUUGAGGAGCAUCUUGAUCUUCUUUCCUCUUCUCCUUUUUUUGGAGCGGCGUACCUUUGAACAUCUUGGGAGUCUGUGGUGUUGGUUGCUGUUUGGUGUGUUGGGUUGGUUUUGAUAUUGUCACCAGCGUGUUCCGGCUAUAUAUGUAGGUUUGUGUCCCCCUCUGCUGUAGGCUUGGUGGUUAUCACCUCAGUCUUUUAGCUUGUUUCUUAUCUCCAUCAUCAACUUUAUGGCUCAGAGUUGCAUAAAAUGGCAACCAUCUAGAGACAGACCUGAAUGAGUUAGGGGGUACAAGAAGAGUCAUCUUUGCCUUUAAACCAUCACUUUUAGUCUUAAAUGUAACUGAACAGUUCUACAAAGUUGCUCCAGGAAUAAUGUGGUUGGCCAGUUAUUUUAUACUUUUUUUGUUGCGAGAGUUCGGUCUCGUAAGCUUGUCUAGUUUGUGUGUGUGUGUGUGUGUGUGUGUGUGUGUGUGUGUGAGUGCGUGUACUCAAUGAACUCGGUUGGGCUGGUACUGUGAGGUGCUCUCAUACAGUACGAGGUUUUCUUUUGAUCCUUUGGCUGUGGAUUUGGGUGUGACUCGGUGACCGGCACGGGCGAAAAUCAUCGUCAAAGAAAAAUGAUGUAAUUGAUUCGGGCCUUGUGUGCCUUGCCUGUGGAUGGCGGAUAUUAGUCACAGCUAGACACUGUACUCUCCCAAACUUUAGGCCUUUGGUAGAUGCUUAAAUAAAGGAAUUCCGUUUUUUUGUGUGAAUGUAACCUUCACAUUGAACUAAAUAGGAUAUAGUCUUAAUGGCUUGCUAUUUUACAAUGGAAUUUGACUAACUAUUGUAGAUCUUCUUUUCAAACAAGUGUUUGCUUCUUUUAUCAGAUGCACAUACAGUAUCUGCUACAGCUAGGUGUGAUAUAGUUUCGACAUAAGAUAGCAGCACCUUAAUCAUAAAAACAGUAUGUGAAGAUAUUCUAUUCAUUUAUCUAUUUAAUAUAUAUUAUGCUAGUCUCUCUUAUUUCUUCAGAGUGUUGUGUGAUGUUCCCUUUGUCAUUGGUAUCAUUUUAGAUCUCCUCAGAAUAUCUUAGAUCUCCUUCCAGAUCGGACCCAUAUGGAGGCACCAUGAUUAAUUCUCCCCCAUCUCCAUUGUCUGGACUUUUUGUUCCGUUUCCAGAGGGGUGCAUUUGAGUCAGACCCAGGACCCAGUCAACCAGAUGCUCUAAUGUAUGGGAUGUUGACUGAGUUUACAUCCUGUGUGUGUGUGUGUGUGUGCAUUUGUAUUUAUGUGCCUGCACAGGUGUAUGGGGGGUGGCAGGCUGACACAUUUGUGGUGAGGCCACUUUGUGUUGUCUUUUGUACUUCGCAGUUCCUCUUUGACAAAACUUCCUGGCAGAGGUGUACAGUUCUUCUCUUUGGUUUGUUUCGACAUGAGCUAGCAAAACUCAUCCGCGAAUUCCUUUGUGCUUGCCUGUUUCAUUAACGCUUUUUUGAAUGGGAUGGUGAGCGCUCCUGCAUCUCUUGGUUGAACUUUCGUCUCUAGUCUACUCCACUGUACUCCACUCUGCACAACUGUACUCUACUCUACUCUACUCUACUCUACUCUACUCUAUUCUACUCUACUCUACUCUACUCUAUUCUACUCUACUCUACUCUACUCUACUCUGCACUACUCUACGCUACUCUACUCUACUCCCUACUCGAGUGCUGGUAUGACUGAUUCAGGGCUUUUAUUUUGUCAUCCAGGCGUAACUCCUGGAAAGCGUGCAGUGUAGUAAAGUGCACGCAGAGUGCAUCCUCCCCAUGUCCACACAGUGCUUUUAAAGCCUCCUCACGUCAUCUUUUACCUUUCUCUGUUUUUCUCCUCUUCGUCGCCGGUAAUGUGGACAACACCAGGCAGCUUAUAGCAAAAAUCUGCUCUCAACAUCUUCUUUUUUGGUUUGUUUGUAUGUUAUCCUUAAUUUUUCUGUAAUUGCUUGUGAAACCCUCUUUUUUUUGUCCGGGUGCCUCCCUGUAGCUGUAAUGCUACCCCGGUAUGCUAGUCUGGGAGCAACAGGCAUAUAAAAAAUGGAACAGUGUGGAGUCUCUUUGCCGUUACCUUAACUGAACCCACGUCUGAACUCGAUGCACUGCGCUCUCUCUCUCUCCCCUCCUCUCGCUCACUCGCUCGCUCUCGCUCCCUCUCCCUGCUCGGCUGAGUGGAUGAGAGAGAGAGGCAGUGGCGCAGGCUCACACACACUCGCUCACACACCACUCGCACACAUUCACAUUCACAUUCACACACACACACACAGUUCUCCUCACAUUGAGGCUGUUCGUGUUGGGAAAGGCUUGCCGAGCUUAUAAGCAGUGCUCGACUAAAAAGAACCCCUCUCCUCUCCGCUUGCUCUGCUGCGCUCUCCUCUCCUCUUUUCUCUCCUCUCCUCCUUUCUCUACAGCCACUCCUUUCUAUGCCGGGGUAAGUCAGUGUGAGCAGGUUCAUGUCUGAUGUGUUUCGUUCGAGAGAUGCGUGUGUCAGUAGUGUGUGUGUGUGUGUGUGUGUGUGUGUGUGUGUGUGUAUAUAUGUGUGUUUUUUGUAAAUUAUUCCUGUUUUCAGCCAUCCUCCCAGCCUGUCAGAUAGCUUAUCAGACUGGUGUUGGCUGUUAAAUUGCAUGGCGACAACAGUCUGUAGGCUGUCUGACAUUUUGGGCUCCCUCAUCAGCAAAGGCAGUAUUUCUUCUUUCUUACUGUGUGGCAAUGUUUUGUUGUAGAAGAUUUUUUUUUAAAGGGCUUGUCAGUUGUGCUCUCAUUUUUAAAAUAUUAAUUGUGUCAUAUGCAGACCUUAUUCUACAUGUACAGUUUUCAUGUAUUGUACUUAGUCAGUCAUUGGUCUUUUGUCAUAUUUGUGGACCAGUCAGCAGUCAGACAUCUUUUUAAAUCUGUGUUGAAGAGAAGUAUAUUAGCCUCACCUGUGUGUGCCAUCUAACAGUAAAAUGUGUCUGUGCAUGAGUGUGCUUUGUGGGUGUGAGCAUGCAUGAGCUCUUUCACUCCUGCACCCCCCCUCCCCUCUCUCUCUGUCUCUCUCUCUCUCUCUCUCCCUCUCUCUCUCUCUCUCUCUCUCCCCCUCUCUCUUGCUGGCUCUAAGCGUGUGUGUGUGUGCAUGUGUGUGUGUGUGCGUGCGCAUGCGUGCCUCGGCUCUCCCCAGUAUUACUGUUUUCCCGUUAAUACAGGCUUCUGUGUGUAUUUCCGGGGUUUGGCUCAAUCCACUUGAAUUUCCUGAGAAUCCAGACAGCACAGGCACGCGCACGCGCACGUAUAACACACACACACACACAUGCACCCCACUCACACACGCACAUGCGCGCACACACUCCCUGCUCACACACAUUCACACAUGCACAUGCACGCGCCCCUUAUUGCAACACAUGCAGAUGGCUGAGAAUCAGUGAGGUGCUCGCUUCUCACUGCACGCUCCCUCUAGUCUCCCUCCCCUCUCUUGUCCUCUCUUCUCCUCUCUUCUCCCCUCUUCUCUUCUCUUCUCCCCUCUUCUCUUCUCCUCUCUCCUCUUACUUGUCUUACUCACUGGCACCUUUCCAGCCUUCCUCAACAUUUGUUUUGGUUAUUGUUGUUGUCAUUAAAGGCUGUAUUUUGAUGUCCUGAUUUAUACACGUAGGCCUAUAUUUGUAUAUUAAGUUAUUAUUAUUAUUAUUAUUAUUAUUAUUAUUAUUAUUAUUAUUAUGACAUGGUCUAGUCUGCUUGGCUUGAUCACUCGGGGAGUAUGUUUUCCUCUGUAGUUUCCAGAACGUUCUGUUCUGUACUACUUUCAUAACAGUUUUUUUUUUAUAAAUACUGUUUAUGUGCAAUGAAUGUGCUGACUUUAAACUGGUUGUUUUCCCUCUUUCCUUCUCAAUAAAGUCACAGACACUAAAAUGUUUUUUGCCGUCUUGUGUCAUUUUUUUUCUUCUUCAAAUAACUUGCUGACGAUCAACAUGAACAGACCAAAACGAGAAAGAAAAAAUAUUCAGAAGCUCUCUCUCUCUUUCUCUCUU